AUGAAUAGAAACAGAGAUAUCUUGAACACUGGGAGAGGAAGCAAGCAGGACAGAGCAUGGAAGGACUGGACAACAUAUGAGAACGUCCAACAAAUGUAUGGGUUGGUGUAUGAGCAAAUGCUCCAAGCUGGAAUCGCAGUGCGCUUACCAGAAAGUGAACACUAUUGGGUUGACAAUGUGGGGCAGAUUGUUGAUUCUGAGGACAAGGCGGCUGGUCGCUUCACUGUGAUGGGUCUGACUGCUGCAAGUGGAGAUUCAGUGAUGUGUAUUGUUAUCAUUACGGGCAAGGAGUUGGCUUGUGAAGAUUACAUCGGAUUUGACCACCAAUCUGAUGUAAUGUAUGACGGGACAAAGACACUUCAAGAGAACUAUGGUCCUGGAAAGGUGCUUCCGGGACUUCCCGUCUGUGUCUUCAGAGGAAAAGAAGUGCCUGGUAUGGUUGCUGUGUCUCCAAAGGGAUCCAUGACUUCCGAAAUUCUCAAGAAAGCACUGGAGACAUUGGACGAACUAGGGGUCUAUCCACGGACCCGGCAAGGACCGACGCCAAUGUUUCUCUUCGAUGGCCAUGACAGCCGCCUUCAAGUUCCCUUCCUUAAAUACAUCAACAGUGAAGAUGAGUUCCAGAAUCCACUUUGGAUAGGCUGCAUCCGCUUGCCAAACGGAACCGCAAAAUGGCAGGUUGGUGAUUCUGUACAGCAAAACGGAUCCUUCAAGAUGGCAAUGACAAGGGAGAAGAAGAGAUUGAAUCUCCAUGCCAUCAUUGCAAGAGGAUGGUACUAUCUCAACAUGAGACUGUUGAAAGACACGGAUAUCUUGAACACACGGGUGACUCAUGUAAAUACUUCCAAAGGAACAACUGCUGAAUCGGAAGAUCCUGGAACUCCCGUAACACCCCGAACUCCCCAGUUGGUUGAUUACCAGGUGGAGGAGAGUGCAUUUACUGACAACAUUGGACCCUUAGCACUGCACAUGAAUGUUGGCAAUAGUGAAAUCAUGUUUGAUAUGAUUGUUCAUAUGCGCAAAAAUGCUGGCGUCCAAGCACGUCUGAAAGAGCGAAAGAAAAAGAUUGCUGCAGACGCAGCUGCCCACGAAACGUUCAUGUUGAUGCGGUUUCCACCUUCGCAUGCAAAAGUAUACAGAGCUCGAACUCAAGGGGAUAACGAAUCCCAAAAAAAUGAAUGUGCUACAAAUUGGCACAUGGCUCAGCAUCCGGAAGACGAAGGCAGAUAA